AUGAUCGCACCGGCGAGCCUGCAUGAAUUACCUAAUGCACUACGGCUUACGGUAUCCCAUAGGACCGAACGCAGUACAUUUUUCGCUAUCGGAGUUAAACCAGAACUUGAACAGACACCAAAUAUGGCGUUACUGUCACUCAAAAAGAUAGGUAUUGGACGAUCGAUUGUAUGGUCCGAAUCGGCAGCACCGGAGCUGCAGGGAGCCGGUGAAGAAAUAAACGGUGAACAGGUCAUUGUUGCAUUCUACAGACCCGCUGGGAACAACAACCGAAUCGGUCAGUUUGCUCUGAAUGUACAAAAACCCGAAGAAAGCAUUCUACAGGAAAAUGAGGAACCGGAAUAA